UGCUAGCCAGGCAGGGCCAUCUGGGAGAGGCUGGUCUGAGAAGCCCGCCCCGUGCUUCUGCCACUUUGGGGUUCUAGGGUCAUGGCCUCAGAGUGGAACGGAGACACUGCAGCUGGAGACUUAACAGCCCAGCCAGCUGCGUCCAGGCUGCAGAGCUGGUUCUUCACCACUGUUCAGAAUGGCCAACAGGGGACCUGCGUAUGGCCUGAGCCGAGAGGUGCAGCAGAAGAUUGAGAAGCAGUACGACCCGGAUCUGGAGCAGAUCCUGAUCCAGUGGAUUACCACUCAGUGCCGCAAGGGUGUGAGCCAGCCCCAGCCGGGGCGGGAGAACUUCCAGAACUGGCUCAAGGAUGGCACGGUGCUGUGCGAGCUCAUUAAUUCACUAUAUCCUGAGGGGCAGGCCCCGGUAAAGAAGAUCCAGGCUUCUACGAUGGCCUUCAAGCAGAUGGAGCAGAUCUCUCAGUUCCUGCAGGCAGCCGAGCGUUAUGGCAUUAACACCACGGACAUCUUCCAGACCGUGGAUCUCUGGGAAGGAAAGAACAUGGCUUGUGUGCAGCGGACACUAAUGAACCUGGGUGGGCUGGCAGUAGCCAGGGACGAUGGGCUCUUCUCUGGGGACCCCAACUGGUUUCCUAAGAAAUCCAAGGAGAACCCUCGGAACUUCUCGGACAACCAGUUGCAAGAGGGCAAGAAUGUGAUUGGGUUACAGAUGGGCACCAACCGUGGAGCCUCUCAGGCUGGCAUGACUGGCUACGGGAUGCCCAGGCAGAUCCUCUGAUCAGACCCUCCUCUUCCCCUGCCCUCCAUGAAUGGUUAAUAUAUAUGUAUAUAUAUGUUUUAGCAGACAUUCCCUGAGAGCCCCUGGCUUGCUAAGCUCCCCUCUGCCGGGGUGGGUCCAACCGAUCUUGUUACCUCUGGCAGUGCCUGAUAAUUGCCUCUCUCUCUGUCUCUCUCUCUGGGCUUACUAAUGCAUUCCUUCCCCCACAACCAUCAAAACUGGACCAACAAAAACCCUGGGACCAAAGCCUCCUUCUUCCAGCAUGUUUCUGCCUUCCUGACCUCUGUUUUUAGUCCAUUCCUUGGCUAGGAGUCAGAGAUCCUGCCCUGUGGCCCGGUGCUGAACUGACCCUUCCUUCUACAAGUAGGCCUCUCCCUCAGCUGUGGCUGCAGGCACUUCAUUUAUAGGGAGGGGCCUGUGGCUGUCACUCCAGCCACAGCUGGACCAUACUUACCACACAUCCGGGCAGCUUCUCCUAGCAGAGGCCCUUUGGCUUCUUACUUUCCAUUCCUCUCACUGUGGCUAAGGGGUGGAGUGGAGGAGACAGAGGUAAAAGAGCUGCCCACCGUGGUCUGGGGCUUGAGGAACACGAGUUUGCUGAUUUUAAGUAAUAAAAAAAAAAAAAAUCUCAUUCUCCUUUGGA